CCGGCCCGCUGUCGUGACUCCGCCCCCUCCGCUUGCGUUUCUACUGUUAACGGAACAGCAGUGUUUAAUGUUUACCAUCGUUCAGCUUGACUGAGCUAUCUGAUCGGGAGACUUCAUUUGAUCGUCACGCAAUAUAUACAGCGAAAGGCGUGGACGCACUCUGAAAUAACCCAAGUAUGUCUCGAGAGCAGAAAGCAGUGGAACGUGCCAGGAAGGCCUUCCUCACCGGCCGGAGCAAACCACUGGAGUACCGCAUUACCCAGCUAAAAAACCUGCUGCGUUUUGUCAAAGAACGACAGAAGGAAAUCGCAGAGGGCCUCAAAAAGGAUCUCAAAAGGAGUGAGUUUGGAACUCCUUUGUAUGAGACUCUGGGUCUGGAGAGUGAGAUUAACCUGGCUGUGAGAAAGCUGAAAGAAUGGGCAGCUCCUCGACCCGUGAGCAAGAGCAUGAUGACCAUCUCAGACCAGGUCUACAUCCAGCCUGAGCCCCUGGGAGUAGUGCUGAUCAUUGGGGCCUGGAACUACCCCUGGGCAGUCACCAUCGGGCCCCUCGUAGGAGCUAUAGCAGCAGGUAAUGCAGCUGUGAUCAAGCCAUCUGAAGUCAGUUCUCACACUUCCAAAGUAAUGGAGGAUCUCUUACCAUUGUACUUGGACAAAGAGUUGUACCCUGUUGUCACGGGUGGGGUGACAGAGACCCAGGAGCUGCUCAAGCAGCGGUUUGACCACAUCUUCUACACUGGAAAUGGCACAGUGGCUAAAAUCAUUAUGGAGGCUGCUGCGAAACACUUAACCCCUACCACUCUGGAGCUGGGCGGAAAGAGCCCGUGCUACAUCGACAAGAACUGUGACCUCGCCAUCGCCUGCCGGCGUAUUGCAUGGGGAAAGUACUCGAACUGUGGUCAGACCUGCAUUGCUCCGGACUACAUACUAUGUGACCCCAGUAUGCAAGAUAGAGUGAUUGAAGAGAUCAAGAAGAAUAUUAAAGAAUUCUAUACCGAAGACCCCAAAAAAUGUCUGGAUUACGGACGCAUCAUCAAUCAGCGCCAUUUCAAGAGACUGAUGGCAUUGUUGGACGGCAGCACCAUCGCUGUGGGGGGUGAAAAUGAUGAGUCGGAGUGCUACAUUGCUCCAACAGUUUUAAGGGACGUGAAGCCGGAUGCCAAGGUGAUGCAGGAGGAGAUCUUCGGGCCUCUGUUGCCCAUCCUGACAGUGAACGGUGCAGAUGAAGCCGUCAAAUUCAUCAACCAGAGAGAGAAACCCCUUGCCUUGUACAUCUUCUCUUCAGACAGCAAGCUGAUCAAGCAUAUGAUUGCGGAGACCUCUAGUGGUGGAGUGUUGGCCAAUGACUGUUUGAUGCACUUCUCAGUAAGCUCUUUGCCUUUUGGUGGAGUUGGUAACAGUGGGAUGGGCCGCUAUCAUGGCAAGUAUGGCUUUGAUCACUUGAGCCACUUGCGCGGCUGUCUAAUCAAACAGCUGAAGAUGGAGGGGGUGAAUAAGAUGCGUUAUCCACCACAUACAGCAGAUAAGCUGGGCUGGGCACGCUUUUUCAUCCUCAAACACGUCGACUUUGGCAGUCUGGGCCGGCAUGGCGCUGCUGCUGGGUCUGCUGGUGGUCCUUGUUGCAGUGAUUGUACAGAGAAACUAUACUGACUAAGAAUAUGAAUAAUAUGAAGAAAUCUUACCUCCACCCAGAAGACCUGGGUCAGAUGGGCUAACUCCUACUGAAGUGCUGCUUCUCUUCUUUGCCUUCGUUUUAUUAUCAUGGCCAUGAUUCAUUUCCAUCAAUGUGACAAUGCUGCAUUUUAGGUCAUUUAAACUAACUUGCAGUUUUACUAAUUAUUAUGAUAUCUGAAGCACUUUAAUCAGUGUUUAUUUUAGAAUACACUCUUUUUAUGCAGACCCUUGCCAUCCUGUCCAUGUGUGGGAUGUUUUUUAAUGAAGGAAAUUAAGAAUAGGAUGUCUCAGAAUAGAUUUAAUGAUUUUGUUUUCUUAAGCAAAAUAUAAAUACACAACCUAUGUGUUUAUGUAUUUCAUUAAGAUGUCCAGCAUUUUGAAGAAAUGCACAUUUCAAGUCUAAAUGUGAGUUUUGUGAACCCAUAGCAAGUGGUUUGUGCCGCAUUUAUAUGGUUCCAUCAGAUUUAUUUAUGAAGAAUUGUUCCAUAUGAAGAAUAUAUUAUGAUAAUUCUAAUAAUAUUUUGUAUUAUUGUAAUAAUAUAAUACAGAAUACAUAGUUAUCCUGAAUGUUUCAUUUUAAAAUGGAUAGUUCACUCAAAAAUGAAAAUUCUGUCAUCAUUUACUCCCUCGCAUGAUGUUCCAAACCAGUUUGUCUUUCCUUUUUCUAUGAAACAAAAAUGAAGACAUUUUGAAUAAUAGUUACGCUGCUCUUUUUUUCACACGAUGCAAGUGAAUGGGGACUGCCAUAUGGGUUUGCAUCAGCGAGAGGGUGAUUUUGGUGAACUAUUUCUUUAAGAAAGCAGAACAACUACACCAUAUACUGUAUGUAAUGUGUUCCUAAUAAUAUUUCUUCAAUAUACCUGGCAACCAUUUCACUCUAAUAAUAUAUGCUGAAAUUUGUAUGUUCUGUAUGUGGAUCAAAGCAUUUUUAGUCCUAACAAUUGUGUCUUAUAGUAAUGCCAUAGAUUUUGAGAGACUUUUAUGACACAGAAAUAAUUUUUAAUGCAACAAUAAACUUGUUUUUACACAGCC